GGGCCAUCAACAAACGGCUUCAACAAAGGUCAACAUAAGUUAAAUACAACAAGCAAGCUUUCCCCAGCCCGAUAUCUGUGGAAAGUAAUCCUCCUUCUCCAUAUUCUCCCAUUCAUACAACCAUCGAUCCCACGGCUCAAACAAUUCGUUUUCCGUGCACUUUAUAUCAUUCCAUACGCUUUCUCCUUGUUCCCCAUUAGCAGUAGCAGAGCUACCGUAGAAUCUCAGAGGAGUAUCUCAACCUGGGGCAGACAUCAUGGACGACGACGACAGAGAAUCGAAUGCGAGCUCGGACAACGAGCAGGAUGAGAUCAUGGAGGAUGUUGAUGACGGCGAAGGCUACAACAAUGAGGCAGAAGAGGAGGACAAUGAUAAUGACAUGGAUAACGAUAAUGAUAACGAAAACGAGAACGAGAUGGACAACGAAAACGACAACGACAACGACAACGACAACGACAAUGACAACGACAACGACAAUGACAAUGACAACGACAAUGACAACGACAAUGACAAUGAUAAUGACAACGACAACGAUGACUACGACCGAGAUCAGGACAUGACGGCGGAGGAUGCCAUUGAUAAGACGGAUGGUGCUUCAACGGGUGGUCGGUCACAGUCGCAGCCAUCAGGAACAGCAGCGGACCUAAGGACAAGAGAUGGUGCGACAUCAGCACCCGAUGCCGCAGGUUCCCCAGGAUCGAGGCUGUCCCCCUCUGCCGGAACAAAACCCUCCCCACGAGAAGCCCUCUUGGCACGCCUCUUCGCGCCGGUCCGACCAGAGGCCGUGUCUGCGAGGCUCUACGAUAUCGUUCCCACCAUGGCUGCCCCGCAAGCCACCAGCAUCAACGCCAUCGCCGUCACGCCGGACCUGCGCUUCUGGUUAAGCGGGGGCUCGGACGGCUACAUCCGAAAAUUUGAUGGACCCGGCACCAUCAACGGGAGGCAGCUCCUCACCGUGGCCCAGCGGCACCCCUUCGUCGACAGUGUGGUCAAGGCGGGUGUCCUCAUGUCGUACUGGGAGAACGACGAACCGAGUCAACCCAACGGCCGCGGCGUCGAGGAGCACAACCUCUCCCCCGUCUACUCCCUCGCCGUGCAUUCCCAGGCGCUCUGGGUCCUUUCCGGCUGCGAAUCCGGCGGCAUCAAUCUCCAGAGCGUGCGCCAUGAUGAAGGCAAGCGCAUCACCUGCCUCCAGCAGCACACCAAUGCCGUCAGCGUCUUGACGCUGGCCCAAGAUGAGAAAAGCGUUCUCAGUGGGAGUUGGGAUAAAAGAAUACUGGAUUGGGACCUGAACACAGGCAAUGUGAAGCGCAGUUUUGACGGUACGGGCGGACAGAUCUCUGCCAUCGAACUACGGCCCGUCAACGGUGCACCGAUUCCUGCCGAAGCAUCCGAUUUCAGUAUCAAGACCGGAACCUUCUUCUCCAACAACAGCACCAGGCCGGUAGCAACCGGGACUUUCAGCACUGCCAGGGCGGGCGGCGGCGGCGGCGGCGGCGACCCACCGCGGAACAACUCUGCGGGGGCCGAUGGCGAUGGCGACGGCGACGGCGAUGGCGACGGCGAUGGCGAUACACGGGAAACCCAAGCCUCGCCUGCGCAUGAGUCCCUGUUCGGUGGCAGCGACACCGGUUCUCUCUUUGGGGAGACGGUCGGCGGGGGGUUCGGCGGAGAGGACGACGACGAGUUCUCGAGAGCUAUGGGCAUGAGUCUUGAUGAUGGUUCGGGUCAAGAUGGCGGGCUGGAUCAUUCGGCCGACAACGCCACCUUCAACUCGGGCACCGCGCCGCCUCCUCCACCCCAAGAACCACAGUCUGACAACCAGGACAACGGAGGCACCAGCCCCGGACAGCAGCCAGCCCAGCCCCCGCCGUCUGACGAGCCAGCGACAGCAUCGGGGUCGACUUCUGCACCGGCACCGGCGGCAGAGAGGACGGCCCCAUUGGGCCAGGAGCCAGCAAAUGGCCAGACGACGGACACUCCUAUGAUGGAGGCGACAGCACAAGAUCCACCCCCACCCUCACCCCCACCACCAACUUCCUCAGCCCAACCCGAGGCACGAGCCUCCCCCCAACCCCCCGCGGGUCCUGCGUCGCUGAAAGAGCCUCCGGCAUCGCCAUCCCUCGUCUUCUCAUCCCAGCCGCCGCCACCUGAGCACGACCCCACCCAGAGUGCCGAUACGGUCUUCUUCUCCGCCGCCAUCGACGGCACGCUACGCAUUUGGGACCGGCGCGUCCAGAACGCCGUUGCGCGUAUCGCCACCCGGCCAGGGGUGCCUCCUUGGUGCAUGGGUGCCUGCUGGAGCCCAGACGGUAACUGGAUCUACGCUGGCCGGCGGAACGGCACCGUGGAAGAGUACAGUAUUCAUAAGGCCCGGAAUGGAUGGGAGCCGGAACGGGCACUGAAGUUCCCGACUGGCAGUGGUGCCGUCAGCGCCGUACGGGCCAUGCCCAACGGGCGACAUCUCAUAUGUGCUUCGCACGAUAUCCUCCGCCUCUAUGACACGCGUGAUACGGCAGCGUUCAAGCACUCGAGAGUGCCCUUCCUGAUUGUUCCCGGUCCACCCCGUGCUGGCGUCAUAUCCGCUCUGUACAUCGAUCGUACAUGCCGCUACAUGAUAUCUGCAGCCGGCACACGCGGUUGGGAAGGCACCUGCACAGAAUCCCUGAUUGGGUAUGAAAUCAACGUGGUCAAUGAUAAGUAGGCGGUCAUGUAGGUGGGUGGUGAGAAUGACAGACGAACCCCCUUUGAGGCUGGCUAUUCUAUUCUGUCACUUUGGUCCUCUGGUUCUUUGGAUGGGUAAGCAUAAGGUAGUAGUAGACAUGCUGAUGAUGUCUUGGUGUCGGAGUUGGGAGACGAGUUGGGAGACGGCGACAGCAUUCAUCAAGGGCGCAAGAAGGGCUAAACGGAACAAUACCCCUUUUUCUUUCGUGGAAAUUAUGCUAGAAACCAGCGGUCGUGCGACUUUACCUGGCGUUGAUCCAAUGGACAUAUCACUAGCCUUAGUAUACCUUAUCCUGAGACAGGUGCAAUCGGUAACUCGUUCAUGUCGGCGAUGUCUGGCCCUCAAGCCGCAUACCGCGUAACGGAGCUGCGGCGGUGCACAGGUAUUUACCUCUACAGUUCAGUCACAAUGGUCGAUAUCCAUGCUAGCUAACAAG